AUGUUGUAUUUGUGCAUGGUGUCGACCACAGGCACACGGAGUGGUGGCGGUCGUCUCAUGUCGAACCAGGACGUCCUUGCAAGAAACCUCAUCAGCAUUUGCUCUAGCCACUGGGAUAGAACGUUUGGAUCUUCUCGCAGCCAUGGACUGGGGCUUGUAGCUCUGCCUGCGAUAACCAAUGGAAGGGCUCUUUAUAUGUGGCAGUCGACAUGGGCAGUCUGGGAACAGCAUAACUCUUGCGCUACUCAACCCGUUGGUUGCAAUCGACUUGUCGUGGUGCCUUGGCCCCAUGAACGUUGGCAACCUCCUUCGUAUCCUGCACCCAAUCAAAUACCAGGAACGCGCUUUGGCACGAGUGAGCGAGAUCAUGCGUGUCAAGAUGAGCUCCUCAACCCCAACCAAUCGGUGGCCGAAUCUUCCUAA